AUGGCGCCGAGCAAGUGCAACGUGCCCGCGGCGGCGAAGGUGACGCCGGCUGACGUCGAAGGGAUCAAGACGGAGGCGGCGAAGAAGAAGGACGAGGACGCGCGCAAGGCGGCGGCGGAAAAGAUUACGGAGAUUGCGAACGCGGCUUCGUUCGCGGAGGAACCGUAUUUGAUUGAUUUGCUCGAGGUUGCGAUCACGCUCGCGGGUGAUAACAAGUCUAGCAAUGUGCGCGCGGCUGGCGACGCGGCGGUGGCGGCCAUCGCGCCCAAGUUGAGCGAGUUCGCGGUUCGCCCGGCGUUGCGAGCGAUCUUUGUUGGUUUUCAGUCUCAGUUCUGGCAGUCCACCAUGGCUGCUUUGCGUGUGCUCGAUGCUUUCGUCGAUCGCAACCGCAAGGCGGUCGCGGCGAACUUGCCGGAAAUCAUCCCGGAGCUCGCGCAAGUCAUGGUGCACAUGCGCUCGGAAGUCAAGGAGGCGUCCACCGCGUCCAUGGCCAAGGUUGCGACGUGCGUCGGUAACUUGGACAUCGAGCCUUUCAUCCCGACCUUGAUUGAAUGCAUCAACAACGUCGAUGAAGUUCCGGAAUGCGUGCACAAGCUCGCGGCGACGACUUUUGUUCAACAAGUUGAAUCCCCGACGCUCUCCCUCCUGGGUCCGCUUCUCCAGCGCGGUUUGUUCUUCCAGCAAACCACCCCGAUCAAGCGUAAGUCUGCCGUCAUCAUUGACAACAUGUGCAAACUUGUCGAAGAUCCGAUGGAUGCCGCGCCGUUCUUGCCCAAGCUUUUGCCGCUUUUGAAGCGCGCCAUGGACGAAGUCGCCGACCCGGAGUGCCGCCAAGUGUGUACUCGCGCGUACAAGACUUUGCUCCAAGCCGCGGGCAACGAAACCGGUGCCGAAGAUGGCCAAGAAGGCAAGGGUGUCUACAACGAAGAAACCGUCAGCGAGCAGUUCAUCGCGCUUUUGGCCGAAUCCUCCGGUUCUUCCAAGGAAGACGUCACGAAGUUUGUCCAAGGCGACGGCGUCAAGGUGUACUUUGACUACAUUUGCUCCUUGUCCGCCAACGCGUUGUUGGCGAAGAACUUCGAUCUCGACACCUGGACCAAGUCUUGCGCGACCUCUUACUUGAAGCUUUUCUUCUCCGAGGCCGAUGCCAUGACCAAGUCUCUCGUCGAACGCGCUCACGCCGUGUACGAAGCCUCCAAGAAGGUCUUCGUCGUCGAGGACGAAGAAGGCGAAGAUCUUUGCAAGUGCGACUUCUCUUUGGCGUACGGUGCGCUCAUUUUGCUGAACAACGCCACGCUUCACAUGAAGAAGGGUAAGCGUUACGGUCUGUGCGGCCCGAACGGUUGCGGUAAGUCCACUUUGAUGAAGGCUAUCAACAACGGCCAAGUCGAAAACUUCCCGCCGCCGGAGGAACUCCGCACGGUGUACGUCGAGCACGACAUCCAGGGUGAUCAACACACGAUGAACGUCGUUGAGUUCGUUCUCUCCGACUCUGUCAUCCAAGGCCACGGCACGAGCAAGGAAUCUGUCGCUUCCACGCUCUCCUCUUUCCAAUUCACCGACGAGAUGAUCAACGGCCCGGUUGUCGCCCUCUCCGGUGGCUGGAAGAUGAAGCUCGCGCUCGCGCGCGCCAUCCUCAUGAAGGCGGACAUUUUGUUACUCGAUGAGCCGACGAACCACUUGGACGUGAAGAACGUCGCGUGGUUGGAAGAGUACCUCAACUCGCAAACGCAAGUUUCCUCCAUGAUUGUGUCUCACGAUUCCGGUUUCUUGGAUCGCGUGUGUACUCACAUCAUUCACUACGAGAACCGCAAGUUGGUGACGUACAGAGGUAAUCUCACCGAAUUCGUCAAGCAGUGCCCGGCGGCGAAGAAGUACACCGAGCUCUCCAACGACGAACUCAAGUUCAUCUUCCCGGUUCCGGGUUUCCUCGAGGGCGUGAAGAACAAGGACAAGGCCAUCGUCAAGGCGACCAAGUGCUGGUUCAAGUACCCGAACACGACGCGUCAAAUCAUCCAAGACGCGACCAUUCAGCUCUCUUUGAGCUCUCGUGUCGCGUGCCUCGGCCCGAACGGUGCUGGUAAGUCUACCUUCAUCAAGCUUCUCACCGGUGAAGCCGAACCGGACCAGGGUACCGUCUGGCGUCACCCGAACAUGCGUUACGCGUACGUCGCGCAGCACGCGUUCCAUCACGUCGAGCAGCACUUGGACAAAACGCCGAACGAAUACAUCCGCUGGCGUUUCUCCACGGGCGAAGACAAGGAAAACUUGACCAAGGUCACCGCGCAAUACACCGAAGAGGAAGAGCGCAUGAUGAAGGAAAAGAUUCCGGUCCCGCAAGAGGAUGGUUCCAUUCUCAAGCUCGUCGUCGAGAAGAUUCUUGGUCGCCGCCAAAAGAAGUCCAAGUACGAGUACGAGUGCCAAUGGAAGGGUCUCUCCAUGGACUCCAACUCUUGGAUGGAGCGCGAAAAGCUCGAAAAGUAUGGUUUCACCAAGUACCUCAACCGCGUUGACGAGCGCGAAGCCGCUCGCGCGGGCUUGUACGCGCGCCCGCUCACGCAAGCGAACGUCGAGAAGCACUUGAUCGACUUUGGUUUGGAUGCCGAAUUCGGUACCCACAACCGCAUCAAGGGUCUUUCCGGUGGCCAAAAGGUUAAGCUCGUGCUCGGUUCCGCCAUGUGGCAGCAACCGCACAUCGUCGUCAUGGACGAACCGACCAACUAUUUGGAUCGCGACGCCCUCGGCGCGCUCGCGUGCGCCGUCAAGGAAUACGACGGUGGCGUUCUUCUCAUCACGCACAACUGCGAAUUCGCCGAUGCGUUGAAGGAAGAAACGUGGAACGUUCCGGGUAAUGGUUUUGUUGAAAUUGAAGGUAACAAGUGGGGUCAAGGCAAGUCCGCUAAGGGUGCCAAGGUUGAAUUCGAAGUCCAAGAGGACACCGUCGACGCGCUCGGGAACAAGGUUAAGGUCAAGGGACCGAAGAAGAAGUUGUCUCGCAAGGAGAUCAAGGCUAUGCAAAAGACGAGAGCGGCUAAAUUAGCCGCUGGCCAGGACAUAACCACAGACUCGGAUUGGGACUUGGACCAGGUUAGUUGA